AUGAUUAACCCCCACAAAUCAUCCAUAACCUUCUCGUCUAAAACGCCACCAGAAAUAAGGGAGAGAGUCAAGAAAGCUCUUGGUAUUGAAAAGGAGGGAGGUCAAGGGCUACCGGAAAGUUUUGGAAGGAAGAAAAAGGACCUGUUUACCUUGAUUGUUGAUCGCAUACACCAAAAAGCAGUCAACUAUUCAUCAAGAUUCCUCUCGAGCGCAGGAAAGCUGACUAUGCUCAAAUCCGUCUUGUCCGCAAUGCCCUCUUACUCCAUGUUGUGCUUCAAGCUACCUGCAGGAUUAUGCAAGAGGAUCCAGUCAGCUUUAACACGAUUCUGGUGGGACUCAAAACACGGAGUAAAAAAGAUGUGUUGGCUCUCAUGGGAAAAACUUACAAAAUCGAAACGUGACGGUGGGCUUGGUCUUCGUGAUAUCCAAAGCUAUAAUGACGCUUUCCUUGCCAAGUUGAGUUGGAGAAUCCUCAACAACCCACAGAGCCUACUCUCAAGAAUCCUCCAAGGAAAAUACUGCAAAGACCAUCACUUUCUGAGUGUCCCAAUGCCUUCUACAUCUUCCCACGGCUAG